AUGCCCGUCCAAGUCCUAGAGGCAGAAGAUGCCGACAUGGACCGCCUCAUCGAGGUCGCCUCCCUAGCCUUCCAGCGCAAUGAGCCCAUGUGGGAUCUCAUGUGGCCCCUCCACUGGGAGACUUCUGGCCGCAAACAAGCAGCCGACCGCAUGCGAGAGAUCCGCAAGUCAAGUCCGCAUGCCAAAUACAUGAAGGCCGUCGACGCCGACUCCGGAGUAAUUAUAGGCAUGGCCAAGUGGAUCAUCUACUCCAACAAUACCCUGCCCGGCAAGAGCGAAGUCAAGCACGUCAACUACUGGAACGACGAAGAGGAAAUGGCGUUUGCGUCGAUUAUGGCUAAGCUCUUCCUUGAAGAGCGGAACGCUGCUAUCAGGAAGUCGGGAGGGAAUCUUGUAUGCUUGGACGUUCUUGCGAUUGAUCCCGAGUAUCAGAGACGGGGUGUUGGUGUCGCUUUGGUCAGGUGGGGGACAGACAAGGCUGAUGAGUUGGGGGUGGAGGCUGUGGUAGAGAGUUCGGUUUAUGGGAAAGGGUUGUAUGAGAAGAAUGGGUUCGUGUUUGUGAAGGAUGUUGAGGUGAAGAGUCCUUUCAAGGGGAAGGAUAGGAGUGGGGGGAAGUUCGCUUGGUUGGUUAGGCCUAAGAAGGGAGGGCGGUGA